GGGCAGGGCAGCGCGGCGCUUCCGCUGUGGUGUGGCUGGCGCGAUGCCCCGGCAGAGAGCGGAGAGCCCGUGAAGAUGGCGGUCAGCAUCCGCGGCUGCUCCGUCCGGAGCCUCCGCAUCCGAGGGCGGAAUGACAGCGGCGAGGAGAACGUACCGCUUGACCUGACCCGAGAACCUGCAGACAACCUUCGCGAGAUCCUCCAGAAUGUGGCUAAACCCCAGGGAGUAUCUAACAUGCGAAAGCUCGGACAUCUGAACAACUUUAUCAAAUUACUUUGUAAUGUUGGCCACUGUGAAGAAAAACUAGGUUUUACUUAUGAAGAAAUUAUUAUAUGUUUGCGAUUAGCAUUGUUAAAUGAAGCCAAAGAGGUGCGUGCAGCUGGUCUCCGUGCGCUCCGAUAUCUCACUCGGGACUCCAGUGUUCUUCAAAAGGUGCUGAGACUGCGCGUGGAUUACUUAAUAGCUAGGUGUAUAGACAUCCAACAGAGUAACGAGGUGGAACGGACGCAGGCACUUCGAUUAGUUCGGAAGAUGAUCACUGUGAAUGCUGCGCUGUUUCCCAGCUCUAUCGCAAAUUCCCUGAUUGCCGUUGGGAAUGAUGGUCUGCAAGAACGGGAUCGAAUGGUCCGAGCCUGUCUCGCCAUCCUCUGCGAGCUAGCACUUCAGAAUGCUGAGGUGGUGGCGAACCGUGGAGGCCUGAGUACCAUUUUGAAGAAUGUGAUCGACUGUCAGUUGAAUCGGAUAAACGAGGCCCUCAUCACGACCAUUCUGCAUCUACUAAAUCACCCAAAGACACGGAAGUACAUUAGAACGGAUGUGGAACUGGAGCAAAUCCUAGCACCGUACACAGAUUUUCACUACAGACAUAAUCCGGAUACUGCAGAGGGACAGCUCAAAGAGGACAGAGAAGCACGGUUAUUAGCCAGCAAAAUGGCAAUAGUAGCAGCCUUCCGUUCCUGGGCAGGGAUUAUAAAUUUAUGCCGGCCGGGAAACUCAGGCAUCCAUUCUUUGAUAGGAAUACUUUGUAUACCAAAUAUGGAAGUACGGCGUGGUCUGCUAGAGGUGUUGUACGAUAUCUUCCGGCUACCUGUUCCUGUGGAGACGCAGAGUUUUUCUGAGGCUUUGCUCAGUGUAGAUCCCAGUCGAUUCCAGGAUUCCUGGCGUCUUUCUGAUGGAUUUGUGGCAGCAGAAGCUAAAACCAUCCUCCCACAUCGAGCCCGAUCCAGGCCUGACUUGAUGGAUAACUACUUGGCACUUGUGCUGUCUGCGUUCAUCAACAAUGGACUCCUGGAGAGUCUGGUUGAAGUGCUAACAAGUAGCAAUGAUGGUGUGUUUGUGAGGGCCACCAUCCUGCUGGGCGAGCUCCUGCACAUGGCAAAUACUAUCCUACCUUAUACAUACAGCCACCACUUACACUGUCUACCAACUCUCAUGAACAUGGCAGCUUCCUUCGAUAUCUCUCAGGAAAAGCGUCUGCGAGCCAGUGCAGCUGUGAAUUGCCUGAAGCGAUUUCACGAGAUGAAGAAGCGGGGCUGCAAACCCUAUAGCCUGUAUCUGGAUCACAUUGCACACAAGGGCGCCUCCAGCUCCCAGAGACGAGAUCAUCAUCUGCGUGUCCAGAGAGACAUUUUCGUCCUGAAGGACACAGAGGAGGCAAUGAUGCAGAACCUGCGUGACAGCGACGUCCUCAAUAACAAGGACAAUCUGCGAUGGAACUGGAAUCUGAUCUCAACCAUUCUUAAGUGGCCCAAUGUAAACCUGCGAAAUUACAAAGAUGAACAGUUGCACAGGUUUGUGCGCAGACUGCUGUAUUUUUACAAGCCCAGUAGUAAGCUGUAUGCCAACAUGGAGCUGGAUCACAGCAUGGGGAAGCAGCUGACCAUUGUAGGCUGCCAGUUCAUUGAGUUUCUGCUCGAGUCCACUGAGGAUGGUCAGAUGUAUCUGGAGGAAUUGGUGAAAGACAUAGUGCAGUGGCUGUCCUCGUCCUCCGGUCUCAAACCUGAGCGGAGCCUGCAGAACAAUGGCUUACUCAACACCCUCAGCCAACACUACUUCUUGCUUAUUGGCACUCUGUCCGCUCACCCACACGGAGUCAAGUUGCUGGAAAAGUGCAGCAUGUUUCAGUGUUUACUCAGCCUCUGUUCUCUGAAGAACUACGACCAUGUGCUAAAGCUAACGGUUUCCACUUUAGACUACAGCCGUGAUGGCUUGUCCAGGGUUAUCCUGUCCAAAAUCCUUUCGUCAGCCACAGAUAACUGCAGGUUGUAUGCAACGAAACACUUGCGUGUCUUACUGCGGGCCAAUGUGGAGUUCUUCAGCAACUGGGGCAUCGAGUUACUAGUGACGCAGCUGCACGAUAAAAAUAAAACUAUCUCUUCCGAAGCACUUGAUAUCCUGGAUGAGGCAUGUGAGGACAAGGCUAACCUACAUGCACUGAUCCAGUUGAAGCCAGCUUUAACCCACCUUGGAGACAAAGGAUUGCUUUUACUCCUCCGAUUUUUGUCCAUCCCCAAGGGAUUCUCCUACCUGAAUGAGAGGGGUUAUGUUACCAAACAGUUGGAAAAAUGGCAGCAGGAAUACAACCUGAAAUAUGUGGAUCUGAUUGAAGAAAAGCUAAACGAGGCACUCACUACAUACCGCAAACCAGCUGAUGGAGAGAACUAUGUGCGCCGCACUAACCACAGGUUACAGCGACCUUAUGUUUAUCUGCCUGUUCACCUGUACAGCCAGUUGGUGCAUCAUAAAACAGGCUGUCAUUUACUAGAGACCCAGAGCAUUGUUCCUGACUUGAGUUAUGUGGUGCGUUCACCUGCGCUGGAUAAAUGGGAUGGUGUAAAGCAGCUGAAGGCAGCACUCUGGGCCCUGGGGAACAUUGGAUCAUCAAAUUGGGGAUUGAACCUUCUUCAAGAAGAGAAUGUGAUCCCUGAUAUUAUUGUCCUGGCCCAGACGUGUGAGAUUCUGUCAGUUAGAGGGACUUGUCUGUAUGUGUUGGGUCUCCUAGCGAAAACUAAGCAAGGCUGUGACAUCCUGAAGCAGCACAACUGGGAUUCGGUCAGACACAGCCGCCGGCAGCCAUGGCCUGUGGCCCCUGAUGACAUGGAGCAACUGUACAGCGAGCUGUCCUCCAUCCCCAGCACCCUGAGCCUCAGCUCUGAGUCCACCAGCUCCAGGCAUAACAGCGAGAGCGAAGCAGUGCCUCAGAGCAUGUUUAUAAUGGAGGAUGAUCGUUACGGAAGCAGCACUACAAGCACCUUCUUCCUAGACAUCACCGAAGAGGGAGACCAGUCUCUGCCACUGAAGCCCAAGUCCACCAAGGAAAAGGAACGAAGCCCUUUAAGCCUCCUCACCUCCUCCAAGUUUGCCACACGGCGCUUCUUCAACAACUUGACCUCGCUGCCUAGUAAGAAACUGCGCAGUAGUAGUGAGUCCAAGUCUGCCAAAGCAGCUGCAGACCGGAAGCAGGCACAUCAGCGUAUCCGGGCAGUCACUGAGCCAGCCAAUAGCACUGAGUACCAGCAGGGUGAAGUGCUCACGAGCAUCCUGAAUGGGGCCCGAAUGCACAAAAGCCACACACUAAGUCUGGAGACGUCAUUUGUUGGGAAUAGGGACCAUGGCAAUGGAGGGAGUUCACAGAGCAUCUGGGAAUCUGAACUAAAGCGUCCAAAGACACUGCUGGGGGAAAACCACAAGGAGCAGCUGACUAAGGACGGCAAUACUAACACACAGUUCAAAAGCCGUAGCCAAAGCUUUAACACAGACACCACGACUAGUGGCAUUAGCUCUAUGAGUUCAGUGAGCUCUAGUCCCUCUGGUGAAACUGUCCGUCUCGACACUGAGUGUGGCAGCCUGAAUACAAUUGUCAGUGCACGGACAGUGAAGACCAAUGUGUCUCCCACGCCCCGUUGCAACCACCUACCUCUGGCUAAGUCAAAUUCUGUGUCUCUGGUACCCCCGGGAUCAUCUCACACCCUCCCUCGAAGGGCACAGUCGCUCCGAGCACCUUCCGUCACUACUAUAAAGAGCCUGACUGACUACAAUUUCAGUUACACAACCCCACGUGAUGCCUUUGGCUACGCCACCCUGAAACGACUACAGCAGCAAAGAAUGCACUCAUCACUGUCGCACUCUGAGGCCCUGGCAUCACCGGCAAAAGAUGUGUUGUUUACAGACACAAUUACCAUGAAGACGGGCAGUUUGGACUCAAGAUUAACGCCAAGAAGGUUCAUCAAAGCGUUGAGCUUCGCCUCACUAGACAAAGAGGAUUUACUGAGUCCGAUUAAUCACACAACUCUUCAGCGCUCAUCCUCCGUACGCUCCAUGGUCUCCAACGCCACCUACGGCAGCACGGAUGACUACAUUGGCCUGGCAUUGCCAAAUGACGUCAAUGAGCUGUUCCAGUUCUUGCUUCUCAUACAGGUGAAGGAGAUUCCUUAUUUCCAACAGAAAUGCAGCCCACCCGAAGAUCACUCGGUCCACGGGCGUGAAUCUGAAGAUGAAGACACCAUAUCAUCCUCGUGUUCUCGGAGUCCUUUCCAGGAGCUGCGGUCACAGAUCAGUUUGACGGAAGCAAUGCUGAAAGCAUCGGAAGAUGCACCUUCAGCUGAUGCGAUAGAGGAGACGGGCUUGCAGGAGCAUACGGAUGAUAGCUGCCUUUACUGUGUGUGCCUGAAGAUUCUGGGCUGCCCGCCACACAGCCAAAGUGCAUCCACAUUAAACCGCACAGCUUUCGCAGAUGUUCUGUAUUGUGACUGCUGUGUUCCCACCAUUCCGGUGCACACCCACCUGGAAGUCACACCUCGCUCCUCGAAGAUCUCUGGGAUUUCCGGAUGCAGUGAUGCAGUGUCGCAGGGCUCUGCAAACAGCAACAGGAGUGUUGAUAUAGUGAUAGGGAAGCCAGUGAUGGAGAACAAAGCUGCCUGCCGCGUGCUGCUUCGCAAAGAGGUGCUGCGACUGGUCAUUAACCUCAGCAGCUCUGUCGGGACAAAGGGCCACGAAACCGGGCUCCUGACGAUAAAGGAAAAGUUUCCUCAUGCUUUUGAUGACAUCUGCCUGUAUUCUGAGGUCUCCCACCUCCUGGCAACCUGCACCUUCAGACUCCCCUCCCGCAGAUUUAUCCAAGAGCUCUUCCAGGACGUUCAAUUCCAGCCACUGUACGAGGAAGCGGACACUACUCUCACGUUACCGAAGCAGGUGGAAGUGGAACUCAUCCUCGAAUCCUGACAGAUCCUACGCCGAAGUAGUCAUCACUUCACCAGGCCCGUAGCCUCGUCAGCCAGGGUCUACUGGUACCAGCACACUCACCAUUUCCUCUUGUGAGGCUGGAACGGCCACUCAGCAUUCAAACCGGCUGCAUACAGACAGACCCUGGUCUAGUGUCUGGCUUCAUUCAACCUGCUCCCUGCAGCCAGACCCUGGUCCAGUGUCUGGCUUCAUUCAAACCUGCCUAUCCAGUGUCUGGAUUGUUCUUAUUUAUUUCCCUUUCCUGUCUUCAAUGAGAAAGUAUUCUCAACACUACUGCGGGUAUGAAGAAAAUUGGGGCACAGUCCUCAGCAUCAGGCACUGCCUGGUUCUGGGCGUUUUGCCUGACCGAAUAGAUCUCUCCUAUUUGGCUGCUGAAUGCCAUUGCACAGACGCGCCCUCAUCCCAAACAUCCUCACUCCACCAGCACUGCCUUUGUUUAAUUCAAAUCUGUGCUCGGUCUGUUCAGUACCCUUGUACCAAGGUGGGACUUCUGUGUUUUUCUUUUGUAAACUUUCCACGGUUUAUAGAAAAAGGUCUAUAAUUUUCUGUUUAGCUGAAUGAGCAGAGGUUGAAUAGGAUCGAGCUGAUAAUAACCCUGCUUCACAGGACCUGCAUAUCGCAGCUGUACUGUGGAGUCCAGAUACUUGGGGCUGAAUUAGCAUCUUGCCCUUUCUCUAAGCAGAUCACACACUGUCCUUCUAUCAUGGGUUCCCUAUGAAGGCAGUUUCAAACUGAUCUCCCUGUACAACACACUUGGCAUAUCGACCACUGGAUUAGAUGAAUGGGCCGUAGCUGGAAGUACGGAAACUGACCCCUCCCUUCAGUCCUAUUCAGAACCUCUUCCUCCUCCCUUCUGUCCCACAACUAUCCAAAGGUGAAUGGGAACCUCUUGCUCCACACCCAUGACACAUAGGAACCUCUUCGUUCCCAAUCCCUAGGAUGUUUUGAAAUUUCUUUGCCUCAAACCCCAGACCCCAAGAUGCAUAGGACACUCCUCCGCUUAAUGGUUUUUGAAGGUGAAAAUCAUGUCAUGUCCAAAUAACUCAGUUGCAGAUCAUUGCCAGCUGUUCUCUCAGUCACUACCUAUCUCCACUCCGUCUGUCCUCUGACCCGAUAUGCCCUGGUUUAACUGUUUGUAUUCACACUUCAGUUUGUAUUCUCUGUAAGUCAAUAUUACAUGGAAAGAAUUCACUGCAAGGAGCAGGAAUAGAACAAGCUCCUGUUGGACGUAGCUUAGUAAACACAAAGGAGUUAGGCCGGCCUCCCAGUGAGACUGCAAGACAUUUCUGAGUUGACCAAGUCUGGACUCUUCUCAGUAUUUCAGCCUGUAUGGGUGCUCCCUGCAGAUGAACUGUUCCUCGGUCUCAGGCAGGCUCCAGCUAGGGAUUGAUCUGUAGCAGCCUGGCCAUGGUGAUGGGGAAGCUGUAUGGUACGUGUGUGAACAAAAUGACGCAAAGCCUCCGCUCGUGUGCCACUAAUUGUCUGAACUCCAUAACUUAUGGAUGAGUUGGUACUAUGACCUAUCGGACUGGAUUCAUUAGCAAUUCAAGUGCUGAACUCCUUUGACCUCUUUGUACCAGAGAACCUUGGUGUGUGCGGAGGUCUGUUUCAGUUGGAAUUGGAAGGUACCUGAUGCUCAGCAGUGUGAGGGUCUAAUAUUAGUGAGUAGCAUUAUAAGGUACCAGCACUGUAACAAAGCCUUGUUGUAGCUUAUUGUUGGACUGCGUGUGUGAACUAGAAGUUGCACAGGUGGGGUUUACAUUCAGCCCAUGAAAGUUUGUGAUUGGUGACACUAGGAUCCUCAGCACCCAGACGGGCUCGGUUUAUCCGCUGCUGCAGCUUUAGCUGAGAAAACAAAUGGUUUGCAUAUGUGCAGAAUUUGAUUUUGUAUUGAAAUUGAAGAAAUUACAUUUUCUGUAAGCAGUGAGUCCAUGGAUUUUCCUAGACUAUUUUGUACAAAUGAUCAGCAGUGAUCUCUAACAGUUGUGCUGGCCACUUCCUUUUGCAGUGCUACCUCAAAGUGAAGUCAAGUGAGUGGAGCUGUGGUUUGCAGGGUUCUGGUGGUCAUGUGGACUUGAUGUCAGUUGCGUGUUAAUGUCUCUAGGUGGGUUACUUUUCACCAGGUCUAAUGCAGAAAGCAGAAAUGCCUUUGCUGUCAAAAGGUUCUCAGCACUAGGAGGGAGAAUUAAUGUGCCACGGAUCUGAUUCUGAAGAUGAUGUGGGAAUUCUGGUGUCAGUCACUUGAAGCUGGGUGGGUGAGGUGUAGAAAUAUCUGUGCUGCAUCUCACCAGAACUCCGAGUGGUUGUAAUGACUGAGAUGUUUUCACUCCCAGACGUACAGCAACUAGGAGAGAAUUCAGGGAUGGGUUCAAGACAAGGUGCUAUUUCAGUAAAAAGGCCCAUUACCAACCCCCUGCCCUCCCCACAAGUUGUGGGAAGGAAGUUGCUUCUGGAAUCCUUGAAAGAUAGUGGAAGGAGUCUUCUCCGCCCCUUCCCCCUACAGCCCACUGGUACCAGGUCUUCCAUCUGCUUGGCCACCCCAUUCCAUUGAGGCUUGACAGACAGUGCGCUGUACAGAACACUAAUAAAGUUGACCAGUUGAAUCAGUCAGCAGUGGUGACCACCACCUCAGUGACAGGCAGCAUUUCGCUAUUAACUUUAUCAUCUUUGCCACAUCUUGUCUCCUGGGUCUUAUUGGUAAGAUUGUGCAGGAACGCUCUUUUGACCUGUAGUCUGUGUUGUUUCUGCUUAGUCUUUGAAUCUCGUGCUCUCAGUUACUCUUUCCGUGUUGCAAACCCAUAAGCGCUUCCUCCUAAGACUGGAGAAUUAGGUUGAAAAGAAUCACUGAUCUCAAAUUGCAUGGACAAUACAGCUGAUGUUCCUUAAUACAGUAAGCCUGUUUGCUAUUUUGAGGUAUUUAGAAGGGGAAGGAGUAGUUAGUGGAAGGCAAAUGCCUAAAUGAGAGCGAGUGCAUUGAGGGUGGUCAUUGUAGCCAUCAUUGUGAAUGUGUUUGGUUUUGUCUCUGUGUAAUAAGCUGCUACAUUAUUGGGAUGUUCUGGUGUCUGGCAGUCACUGAACAUUUACCUGAUUUGUAUGUAAACCUGUAACAUAGUCUGAUUAAAAAUAAGAAAUUAUUUAUAUUUUCCAUAAGAGAAUAUUUCAUAAAGCUGUGUAUAAUUUAAAUAAAGCAGAGUGGCUUUGGA